GAACUAAAAAAUUCCCUCCUUAACCUUAUAUUAGCUGUGCAGGGUCUCUCUACAUCUCGUUCGCUGCCUUCUAAGGGUAAUAACGUAAGCCUAUAUAGUAAUCUAUUAGACCUAAACUUAGUAGUCUACUCUAGCAACUUCGACAUUAAGUAUAUUAUACCCCUUCUUAGAGUAGUCCUUAACAACAAGCCUAAUAAAGUUAUCUAG